UGCUUUACGGAACAUUGCGAAUGCUGAGAAGACCACUUUUGACGGUCUCCAAGACAUUGUUGCGCUACUGAAGGACGUCGCUUACGUAGCCUGCACCGCCAUGACGUCAUCAGGGAGAAAUGGCACCGUGAACAAAACUUCUGGAUGCACGUUUACAUCAUCCGAAACGAAAGAUAUACACUUAAUGAUGUUGGAACUUCACAGACGUGCUUCCUCACACAAAGCUAUUCUACCACAACUCCAGGAUCUCCAACAGAAAUGCUGGGAUAGUCACAAUCACCUGACAAAACGACAGAUCUUAGUAAAAUCACAAGAAAAGAAAUUAGCACUCCUGGAAAAAGACCACGUUUCUUACGAUGACGCCAUGAGGAAAUGGAUGAAUUACAAAAUAAAAGAAGAAAGCUCCACUUCAGUUCACAACACCAUGACGAACUACUUUCGGGACAUGUUGUAUAAAGAAAGACGUUUACGUCUAGAUAUGGAAGAGCUUGAACAAGAACUUCGUCAAUUUCUGUGCCUGAACAUUGAAAUCAGACUCCGUAAAACUCUUGAAAACAUGGCGACGACUAUUGACCAUGUUGACUUAGACUGCAGUAACACAAGAUACCAGAUUUUGAAAUCUCGUAUAAAGACCAUUAAGGUUCGAAAUAUCGUCCAGAGUUUGCUUCCGAAGUGCAGCAUGGAAUAUGAAUACCCAAAUGUUCAAGAGGUCAUCACGGCCACCGGGUUCUCGGAGCUGUUACCGAGAGGUCACAUGGUUUGUCUUCCUCGACACAGAAAAGUACAAAUGGACGACAAUGAACUCAUGACGUCAUCCCCGGGAAGUAUUGGCGAAGAAAUGAAUGAUGCUAUGGACAGAAACUCGAACAGCGGCUGUUACUUCAAGGCAAUAGGGUCUAAAGCAUCGACUGGUCCCGAGUUUUUGAAGCUAAAGCGAGAUCACACAUUUAAACAGAAGUUAACAGUAAUGAAUGGUGACGUAGCGUUUGGCUGGUCAAGGAAAGGACGACUUGGUCAGAAGAGAUGGGGCUUUUACGACUCCCGACUGAUCACCAGAGUGGUGUGAAUCUGGACAAGCAAAUUUAACAUGCAAAAAAAA